AUGACACCCACGCAGUUGGAAAAGAAGAAAGUCAUUAGGGCUUUGAAGGAGCUAACAUCUGAUUGUAACUAUGUAAUUUUACGUGCGAAAGCUCGUGAAUUUAAUGGCAAUUUUGAAUAUCUAUUAGAAAAUUCAUUGUACGAUAAAGUUGGACAUUUUGUAUUGAGAUUAAUUACAUCUAUGUCACAAGAUCUAUCUAAUAAUUGGAUUAUUAGAGAAACAUUAUUAUUCCUGACUAGACUGAACUGUAUUACACCUAGAUUAUUACAUAGAUUACUUAGAAGCAUUAAGCGUCAACUAAGAUCACUUAAAAAUCAAGAAAGAUUGAUUAACAAGGCAUUAAUUGAUGUAUGCAAUUUCCUUCUGAGGCCUCAUAUUUUUAAACAUUUCCUGUCUGGAGAUCACCCAAAGGAUUGUAAUCAUUUUAAAACUGAAGUGAGAUUUGAACUACUGCCAGAUUUGGUAAGCAAAAGGAAGUUAGACUUGAAUGCAGGAUAUGCUAUUGUGUACUGUUCCAAAUGGAAGGAAGUACUGGUAUCACUGUUUCAUACUUAUAUAGAUAAAGAAAUAGUAUCUAUUAAAGAAAGAGCACAAUGUAUUAUAGACCAAGAUAGUAGAUUUAACUAUUUAUAUCGAAAAAUUAACUGUAAAAUAUCUGAAGUGAAUUACGUGUGCGGAGACAUAAAUAGAAGAAAUAUUGACAAGGAAGCAAAAAGCUUUCCGCUCUGUAUGCAACACUUGCAUAUGAAAUUGAGGAGUUCACAUAGACUCAGUCAUUAUGCACGUUUCUAUUAUAGCCUGUUUUUAAAAGAAGGCGGGAUGCAAUUAGAGGAUGCUAUAAAUUAUUGGAAGGAAGAGUAUUCCAAGCCUCACUCUUGCUCCUCUACUUGUUCACAUAAUUGGCAAUCGAGUGAAAAGAAAUUUAUAUACAGUAUUAGACAUCUUUAUGGUUUAGAGGGAUCUCGGAAGAAUUAUAAAUCACCUACAUGCGAGCUGAUAUGUACAAAUGUGUCGAGCCCCAUGUAUGAAGGAGGAUGUCCCUUUAAACAUUUCGAUAUAAAUAUUUUAAAGAAAUUACUGUCUACGUCGUUGGCAGAUAAUCAAAUGACCAAAGUAUUAAAAGCUGUAUCUCCUGAAAACCCUCAAACUGCUUGUGCUGAAUUUUUCAAAAUUGUGAACCAAAGUGGUAAAGACAACAUUUCUAUAUCUAGUCCUUUACAAUAUUACUUAACUAUGAUCGAUAAAAUUUAAAGAAAAUUAUAGAAAUAUACAGGGUAAGUCAUUUAACUGCCAUGUUACUCGUAAACCAUUUGUUAUAUCAAAAAUAUGUUCUAACGUAAGUUGUUU